AAAGCCAUGUGUAUUUUAUUUGUUGACGAACGUUUAACCUAGAAGAUUAGACAUAGAGACUAAAAGUUAUAUUUUUGUAAUAAAUUAAUAUACUUUAAAAGAAAAUGGCUAAAGUAAAGAAUAAGAGGAAUGCAAAAUUAGCAGACAAAGUUCACCAGAAGAAAAAAGCCGAAGCGAAUAAGAAGAAAUUAAAUCCAUUCGAAGUUCAUAUAAAUAGGGAGAAAAUUAAAGUUUUAGGAAAGAAAUCUAAACAUGACAGAGGGUUACCCGGAGUGUCUCGUGCGAAAGCUAUACAAAAGAGAAAGGAAACCCUAGGUACAGAAAUGAAAUUACUAAACAAAACAAACACUUUCAUUGACCGUCGUAUCGGAGAGAAGAAUAACCAGAUAUCAAUUGAAGAUCGUAUGACGGCCAGGUUUGCCGCUGAACGAGCUAAGGCCUUGCAACGCAGCAAAACUAGCAUUUAUAAUCUUGCUGAUGAUGAUAUGUUGACACACAGAGGGCAAACAUUGGAGCAGGUAGAAAAGUUUGAUGAUCCAAAGUCGGAUGAUGAAGACGACGGUAGAUUUGGAGGUUUGGGUGACGACUUCGUAUCUGAAGGCCAUUUUGGUGGUGGUUUAAUAUCAAAAACUGAAGCAAAAGAUGGCGCCAAAUCACACAAAGAUUUAAUCGAACAACUAAUAGCGGAAUCAAAGAAACGGAAAGUGGAAAAACAGAAGGAAAAAGAACAAACGCUAGAUUUAACGGAGAAGUUAGACACUGAAUGGAAAGAUUUGCAACCAGUUGUGUUUAAGAAACAGAGUGUUCCAGAAGAAUCGUUAAUCGACAAACUUCUGAGUAAGGCGGAAAAGGGCCAGGACUAUGACAAAAUGAUGAGAGAGUUGAGGUUCGAGAAGCGAGGAACGCCAUCAGAUGGUCUAAAGAGUCAAGAGAAGCAAGAAGAAGAAGAGAGGAAAAAAAUAGAAGAAUUAGAGAGACAGAGAGAACUUAGAAUGUUGUCUGAAGAAGAGGUUGCUCCUAAAAAUAGGCAACCCGCUAAACAUAGAUCUGCAGAUGAUUUAGAUGAUAAUUUCGUAUUGGAUAACGAACAAGACUUCAUGUUGGCGUACGACAAUGAAGGCAAGCCGCUUGUACCUGAACACGUGCUGAAGGAUUACUCAGUACCAAAUGCGAAAAAGAAAUUCGAUGAUGGUAUAUCAGAUACAUCUGAAGAAGAAAGUGAAGAAGAGAGUGGUGAAGAAGGAGAAAGUGAGAAUGAAGUAGAAGAUGGAGAAAAUCAAGUUAAUAAUACUUCUGAUGAUGAUUCAGAUGAAAAGGAAGAACUAAAUAAAAAAGAUAUACCAAAUAUAAAAGAAAAUGAUAAAGAUUCAGACUCUGGUGAAGAUAGUUCUGAUGAUGGUGAUGAUGAGAAAAGUAAACCAAAUAAACAAGAUAAAGCAAAAAGAAAAAAAUUAAAAGUGAAUGAUAUUGAUUCAUUUUCAGGUGAAGAUGCGUCUGAUGUUGAAAAAGAUAAAUCAGAUUUAAAUAGCAAAAUUGUAGAUAUAAAUAGUAAAGGGUUAAAAAGAAAACAUGAUUCUAAAGAAGUUGAUGCUGAUUCUCACAAACAAGAAAAGCAAACUAAAACAGAUUCCAAAAUAUUAGAUAGUUCUGAAAAUAAAUUAAACAAUUCUAGUAAUUCUAUUGAUCAAGAUUCACAAGAUGCUGAAUCAAGUGAAGAGAGUGAAGAAUCAGGUUCUGAAGACAAUGAUGAUUAUCCGAACAUCAAUAAUUUGAGUGAUUUAAAGGAAUCGGAUAAAUCUGAUUCAGAAAUUGAGGAUUGUAGCGAAACAAUCGGUUCUUUCUUUGAUUUUAAAUCUGACGAAGGUGAUAAUUUAAAGAAAUUAUUAGCUGGAAAGACGCCAUCACAGCAAUCAGUCGCGUUACAGCAGUUAAUAAAAAGUUACGACCCAAGCCUAUCAGAAAAUAAUAAGGAAUUAUUAAGUAGACUAUUCGCUCACCUCUUACAAUACGUACACGAUAUAUUCUCAAAUAUAACAGACGAAGGAGAAAUCAUAAAAUCAUUCUUAAUUUUCGAUAAAAUAGUUCCAUACUUUUACGACCUCAUUCACUUAAAUAAAGUCUCAACCAAAAAGUUUUUAGUCGAACUAUUAAAAGAAAAAUACGAUUUAUUCAAACGUAAACCAAAAAAAGUUCCAGAUUUGAACACACUUAUAUUUUUCAAAUUAGUAUCUGUGUUAUAUCCAACUUCAGAUUUUAGACAUCCGGUCGCGACGCCAUCUUUGGUUUUCAUGUCGGAAAUAUUAACUUUAGGUAGAUUUAGAGACGCGUAUUCAGUUUCUAGAGGAUUUUUCAUUGUAGCUCUUAUUUUAGAAUAUACUGUACUAUCAAAAAGAUAUGUUCCCGCUGCAUUAAAUUUCCUAAGAGGUAUGUUUUAUCUGUGUGCGAAUACUUCCGUUCUAAAUCCAGUACUAGUUGUCCCGCCAUUCCGUUUACAUAACACAGAAAAGAUAUUGUAUUUGGAAAACGAUUGUUCCAAAAUGGCCGUCGAACAUAAAAUGGCGGCUAAAGAUCUUGUAGCCACAGAAAUCAAUGAUAGCUUCAAAAUUCGAUGUUUACUAUCAGCUACAAUGAUGUUAAAGGAAUUUUUCGAUAAUUAUAACGAAUUAGAAGUAUUAGAAGCGGUUUUCGAAACGCAUAUCAAGUUAUUAGGUAGAGUAGAUUUAGAUUUGUAUCCGCAAAAGGUAGUAAAGAAAAUUGAGGAAGUAUUGCAGUACAUGAAAGAGACGUUAGAAGUCAAAACGUACACUCAAAUGUCGAGAGAAAAAGUAAGGCCCAAGGCCUUGAGGCUGUACGAGCCUGAUGUACAAGAAGUCUUCACCGGUAGCAAGAGUGCAAAACUUUCGAAGGAGAACGCAGAAAAGGCUAAACUUAAGAGUAAAUACAAGAAGGAGAUGAAGGGAGCUCUGAGGGAGAUAAGAAGAGAUAAGGCGUACAUCGCGUCCGUGAAGAUAAAGCAGAAGAUACAGAGUGACAAUAUAAGGAAGGAUAAGGUCAAACAGAUAUACAAAGACGCUUCUAUACAACAAGGGGAGCUGAAUAAAUUGAAACGAAUGAAGUAAAACUAUUUAUUUUAUUUGUAAAUAAAUAAAUCCACAAACA